AUGGCUAAAAUGAAGUUGUAUCCACUAGUUCCGUGUAACUUCGCCAUGUUCUGCGGAAUUAUUUACAUAAUCAUUAUUAUGGUUGGCACAUUUUAUUUUUCAAGCAUUAUGUCAUCACAACAACAAUCAUAUACACAUCUACAGCCGGACAACACAUUAGUUUAUUUCGUGGGGAAUCGACGAUUAUCCGGUGGUCUUAACGAAAAUGGAAAAGAGAAGCACUAUCACGUUACUGUUGGUCAUUCUGAAGGACAGAUGAGAAAAAUAGAAAACUAUUCGUGGUUGGUACCCUUAUGCUAUUUACAAUGGCUUUUACCUUUAUUACCGUUUUGUGAUAAUCAUCAACAAAAAGACCAUUCGUUAUUAACGGUACCGGCGAAAUCAACGAACAAUAUGCAAUCAGAAAACAAUACAUCAACUGGGUCUGACCAGAAAGGUAGGACGAACAAUAACAAUCAAUACCUCGCAAGAUCCAAGGGAAAAUAUAAUAUCAUAGAUCUUCCAUUCUCGAGGCUGGUGCCUUAUGUCUAUGAAAGCACUGCGUUUAUUUUCGGAUUUGGACUUAUUAUCAUAUUAGUAUUCUCAUUAUGUGCUUGUGUACGAUCAUAG